GAAUCUGUAUGCAGGAGCUCAAAGUGUGCUGCAGGAGAACAAGCUGCUUGAAAUCCACAGCUUCAGAACAGACACUUCUGAAAGAAGUAACCCAACUUAGAAAAGAGAAUUAUUUCAUCAUUUAGGAAGAUUUCAGAUACUUUGAUGUGCUUUUUUUGCCAACACAAUGAAGGAAAUGUCCUGCUUCUGCACGACUUUUUCUUCCUUGUGGGAACAGAUGGUAAAGGCUUACAAAUGCACGACUGGUAUUUUUUCAGUGACUCAUACCUCAGAGCUACGAGAUUCAGAUCAUCAUAAGCAGCCAACCAAGAUGGAUGUAAGCUUACUUGAGGAGCAGUAUGACCACAUAAAACAGAAGCAAAAGCUGCAAUCACACAUUAUUGUAUUUAAAACAGGUGAGCAUGAAUCCGUUCUCCCAGAAUCAAUGGUCAAUGCUGUUUUAAUUAAUAAAAAAGUUAAAAAUUCAAAGUCAUUUACAGAACGUGUCCCUGUCAGAAAGGUCAGGCUGGAGGUAACCAGCAAUGGCACUGCACACGACAGCUCACCCUGGCGUACUCACCUGGGAAUUCACCUCCUGGCACAAACUCCUUGUAAGAGAGCUCCCUGGGAUCUUUCCCACUGCAGGAAUGAAUCGUGCAGUUCUGACAAUCAGAGACUGGUUCCAAAGGAAGAUGGCACACUGCAACACAAGGAAUUAGAAGAAGCGAGUGAAUUAUCCGUGCUAAGUUCAACAUUGAGCAGUUUCAGCAAAGAGAGUGGCAGCACCAUCUCAGGAACUUGCCAAAAGCCUGCUCUGAAGUCAGACACUUCAGCAGUCGGGACGCAUCAGCACAUUUCCUCUACAAAAUAUAUGCCAGCUUGCCACAAGUUAGACUUUUAUCCUUUCCCUAAUAAAAAAGCACCCAGAAUUUCAGAAGCAGCAAGGAGGCUUGGAUUAUAUGUCUCACAGUGAAGACACUCAGCAGUAAAUAAAGUUCACUCAAAAAUUUGAGUAAAACUUAAAGCAGCAAAAUAGCAUUCCUAGUUACUGUGAUCAACCUGCUGAAGGUCUCCUAUUAGCCAAGGAAGAUCUUCACAAAAUAAAUUGUUGCUGUACAGUACAAUCUAAAGAGAGUUGUAAGGAAAAUGUUGGACUGAAACAGAAGCUCACUUUUGUUAUUCUAGAUACUGGAGCAAUUUUUCUGGGCUGUUUCCCCUCUAUUUUCAGGUUACUUAUUUAGGAAAAAGACUGCAUCAUAACAACAUUUGAAAUAUCUGAGAGCUAUAGCAAACAUUAGCAAAACUGCUGGUGAAGCAACAAGGCUGAACUUCAGUAUGGUACGAUUUGACUAGAAAAUUAAAAAAAUGAGCAAUGAAACAGUACUGAAGGUGAUUCAUACACUUAAUAUGAUUUCCUAAAAGCCUCUUCUAAAAAAAAAAAGAUAUUCAUUAUAAUUUUA